AUGCAAACAAUAUUCAUUACAGGUGCCAGUGGCUACAUUGGAGGAGACAUCCUAUCAGCUUUGAUUGCAAAGCACCCAGAGAACACUUACCGAUUACUGGUGCGUAGCCAGCAGAGCCAACAACAGAUCUCGGUCCUAUAUCCAUCGGCUAUCAUCGUUCCGGGGGGCCUUGAUGAUACCGAGCUGAUCAGACAUGAAUCGAGCAACGCGGACGUUAUUAUUCAUCACCUUCGUGCUGCGCAGGCUAUUGCCAAAGGCGCGGUAGAGGGACACACCCCCGACAGGCCAGCCUUUUGGUUGCAUACAAGUGGAGCUGGUAUUUUCUCCUCUUUUGAUGACGAGGAUAACACAUACGGGCAAAGAAGCGAGGCUAUUUGGGAUGAUCUCAAACAUAUCCGGAAAAUCACAUCGCUUCCGGACCACGCAAUGCAUCGCACCGUGGACAAGACUGUCCUUGAUGCGGCUUCCUCGUCGCCUGAUUCAUUGAAAGUGGCAAUCAUCUCUCCAACAACAGUCUAUGGUAUUCUUUAUCCGCAUACGAAGAGAUACAGACCUGUUCUAACUUUCUUGACAGGGAAGGGCAGAGGCCCGUGCUCCCAGCGAAGCCGGCAAAUCUAUGAAAUGGCAAAUUUCAUUCUUGCGCAGAACAAAAUUCCGAAAAUUGGGAACGGGGAGGCGAUCGGAUCGAACAUCCAUGUCUACAGCCUAACAGCCUUGUUUAUUCAGCUUUUCGAGGCAGCUCUAGAACGGCAGGAUGAAAGUCUUUGGGGUCCGGAUGCGUACUAUCUUGUGGAACAAGAUGAGCACUGUUGGGGUGCAGUGGCAGACUCGAUUGGGAAAAUAGCUUUUGAGAAGGGCUUUUUGCCAUCCACUCCGACUGGAAUUUUCCUCGACAAGGCAGCUGCUUUUGAACUGGCGGGAUUCGAAGCCACGAGCUGGGGAAAUAACAUGCGCUGUCGGGCUAGCAGGGCUCGGUCUUUGCUGCGGUGGCAGCCUAUCGGAAAGUCUCUGGAUGAGGAGCUCUCGGAAAUCGUCGGUGUAGAGUACUACAGGUUGAAGGAGGGAUUGUAA